GGCUUGCUGCCAGCCAGGGGGCUCCCCGCGCUGCCACCUUCACUAUCCCAUUGCCUUUGUCACUGCUGUCAGUCACGGCCACCAUCCCUCCUCAGGUUGGAGGAGCAGAGGCGUGAACAGAACUCGAGAUAAGUACCUCUUUCAAGGAAACAUGGAAAUGAAUAGUGCUUUAAGGGUGUUUUGGAAAUCAAAGAAAUGGAAUAUGAGAACAUCGACACUUAAUUCAAACGAGGGAAUCCCACGUUCACUCAGAAGACGACGUGGUAAAAGGAAAAAGUCGAAACCAUCGGAAGACAUCGAACUCGAUGAUGAGCGGCAAAUCUACGAUGAAACCAUCACGUUACCCUGUUCCACGUGCAAACAUGAGGUCGAUGUAAGAGGUGUCUUUUUCCACAAAAAGCAACAUAUAGCCCUGGCCACACUGGGCUUUCACUGGUUGGGCGGAAGGAAACCCUUGCCCUCCGCGACUGCUAUGCAGAGGCAGUUAAUCAUUUCCAAACUGUUGUCAUCUUUUACAUUGACGGAAAAAAUCCUACAGAGCAUCAAUUAUGCUUUUGAGCUACUUUGGAAGAAAAAAAUACCAGCAUACUAUAAAAUUUUUGACAACCUUGACGGGAGUUCCACAUAUUCCCCCCAAAUCUGCCAUGUCUUAAUUAAAGGACUAGCCAUUUGUGAAGACAGGAAUUCUACGUGGAAAGCCGAUAUGAAUGAUAUGUUCACAAUAGUGAAUAAUUUUGGCAAUAAACCCAACGUGUGUUUUCUGGGGAUGUUUGAUGGACAUCAUGGCUCCUCAUCGGCGGACUUAGCAUCCAUGGAACUUCCCAUUUUACUUCUUCACCAACUUUCCAAAUUGGAUCCUUCCUACCAAAUGACACCGGAAGAGCAACAGGUCAUCAAUUCCUUCCACACGGUGUUUAGAGAAGAGUACACAGCAAUAGAAGACUUUUUCUCUUCCAUGCACAAAUGGACAAGAAUGAAAAAGAGCUGUGAGUAUGAGGGCAUACACAAAGCCUUUGCAAAAGCGUUUUGGAGAAUGGAUAGGCUUUUACGUCUUGGAAGAAAAGAAGCGUCCAGGGUUCUAUGGAGUGGUUGCUCUGCAGUUACUUGUAUACUGGAAGGCAAAAGUAGAGGUCUUUACGCUACCAGGAACUGGAGAACCAGUAACUACGAUACGCUGUCAGACAGCUCCUCUUCCCAGCUGAUGGAACAAAUGAUUUCUGGAGUGUUACACAUUGCAAACGCUGGUAACGUGCAAGUGGUCUUAUGCAGAAAUGGGAAAGGUUUCUGCCUAACCAAAGAACAUACGACGCGAAACAUAAAUGAGAGGAGGAGAGUACUGCAGAACGGCGCAAUGAUUAGUUCGAAUGAACCCUACGGGCUCCUCGAAGGACAAGUGCAAACCACACGAGGACUUGGGUUUCAUGGAAAUCUCAAACUGAAAAAAUCCAUCAUCCCAGCACCUCAAACUAUUUCUAUCCCAAUAGAUGACUUAUGUCAGUUCCUCAUCUUAGCUACUAACGGACUCUGGGAAGUUCUGGACAAAAAGGAAGUCACUGCGCUGGCGAUGACAAUGUUCCACGUGUAUAAAGAAACAUACUACUCUACGACACAAAACGCAUCUUUAUCCUAUGAGCCUCUACUGUAUACAACCGGUGACCCCAACAUCACGGAGCCAGAAACUGACAUCCACGUACUGUUUCAGUAUGAACCUCAUUCAAAGGAAAAUGUGCUUGAUUCAAAGUAUUCUGAAUAUUGUCCUUAUAACCUUGAAAAUGUAGAAAAGCCUGCAGCAAAAAGGAUUAACCAAGAACCUUGUAACAGGAAAGAAUCGUGCGCUAAGAGUUUCUACGAAGGUGCUGCUGAAUACGUCAGCCAUGAACUUGUCAAUGCUGCUUUAGAGGCCGGCUCCAGAGACAAUGUUACAGUUAUGGUGAUAUUUCUCAAUGGAAGUGAGUACCAGUUUUUAACAUAAAAAAGAAAAAAGGUUCCAAUUAUCCAGAUCAUUAAAAUGUAAUGCCACCAAGACAGUAUUUCAAUAAACCGAAUAGGGUAAUCUAUAACACCAUGCAAAUAAUUUUGAAGAAUGCAGUAAACACCAAAGCAGAUUUUAGAUAACAUUUAUAUGUGCGUGCCGUUUUAUGCCCGAAAAGGAGGAAAAACAAUACUUGCUUUUUAUACCACUUUAUUCCAACCUGAGCACCUCAAUAUAAAACUAAACACUGAUGGACUGUUUUCCUUACUAAUUGCGAAUUACUGUAAAUGUACAAGUCCUGCUAGCAAGUCAACACUUAAAUAGAUUAAAUCAUCUCUGACACAUGGUAGAUUUCAUAUAAUGAAAAUACCUAAAAUAAUUAGUGCAAUAUACCGAACUGAUCAAAAUAAAAUGAACUUUGGAAAACAAGGCUGCAAGAUUGUUACUAACAUAUCGCAAUCCUUAUGUUACAAAUUACAGGUACAUUGUUUAUUAUGGUUCUAGCCAUGUAGGAACUGAAGCCCCUUUCUUUCAAAGGGAGAGAGAAAGAAAUAAUUAGCUGUUUUAGUAACUGUACAUUUUGUAUGCUUUUAAGCAACUCUUAAAUAUUACAGAAAGAAAGACAUAUAUGAAGACUACAAUGCAGUACCCUAUUUACAGUACAGCUGAAGUCAAAUUUAAAAUCAUCAAGUUUGAAUGUACAUAAUUGUUAGUGCAUUGACUAUCAUGUCCAAAGGGAACAAAACCCUCCCUGUCCCCAAACAAAACCUAGGUAAUAGCCAGCAGUGAUUAAACAGAAAUCAGACACCUGGUGCAUU